AUGUCGAGUGGAUUGGGAUUGAAGGAUCAAGCUAUAGAUAAGGCGGGUCCAAGAGACACUGAGGCACCAGGGACCAAGGCCAAGCGGCUCAGAGGCGCAAUAGGCAAAGGUGCUGAAGUCGUGGAUGAGGGCACCAUAGGCCCUGAGGCAAGCGAGGGCACCAAGACAGCAGGUGAAGGCACCAAGGGUGUCAUGGCAGGCGCGAGUGCUAAGGUAAUAGGCGAGGGCGCGAGUAGGGGUGCAGGCAAGGGCAAAAGCGUCGUGGCAGUGAAGGAGUUGCACACGAAGCUAGGUGCUGGGCAAGCAAUGAGAAGUGAUGGAGAUAGUGUUCCCCCACAUCCACAACGACGCAAGUAUUGUGGUAAGGUGGUUGCUGAUGACGAUGACUCUAAGGAGUUGCACACGAAGCUAGGUGCUGGGCAAGCAAUGAGAAGUGAUGGAGAUAGUGUUCCCCCACAUCCACAACGACGCAAGUAUUGUGGUAAGGUGGUUGCUGAUGACGAUGACUCUAAGACUGCAGAAGCUGUGAACCCAAAAGCGUAUCCAUUGGCUGACUCUCAGCUGACCAUAACUAUACUGGACCUUGUUCAACAAGCUGCCAAUUACAAACAGCUGAAGAAGGGUGCUAAUGAAGCCACUAAGACACUGAACAGAGGAAUUUCGGAGUUUGUGGUAAUGGCGGCGGAUACUGAGCCUCUUGAAAUCCUUCUUCAUCUUCCACUCCUUGCUGAAGAUAAGAAUGUGCCCUAUGUUUUUGUGCCUUCAAAGCAAGCUCUUGGUCGAGCAUGUGGAGUUACAAGACCAGUGAUUGCUGCUUCUGUGACAAGCAACGAGGGAAGUCAGUUGAAAUCUCAAAUACAGCAACUCAAGGAUGCCAUUGAGAAGCUCCUGAUCUAG